AUGAAUAACAGAAUAAGCCGGGACCUAACUGAGAAUUUCAUAGAAAAGAGAGAAAUUGCAAAGGAGGAAAUGGAUCCACGAAAAGAUUGGCUUAAGAGAAUUUUGAUGAAUAAUAAUUCAUUUGAUUUAAAAAUGUUUUUAAGAGCAGGAGAUUUUAAAAAAAAAGAAGGUGAUUAUUGUAAUAGUUGUAAAAGUAGUGUAAAUCAGAUUUACUACUUAAACACAAACAAGUUAUUUUGUGAUGUAUGUGAAGAAAUAUAUUGUAUGUACUGUGUUAAAAGUAUAGAUGUAAUGAAAGACAAUCAGUUAAAAUAUAUAAAAGUAAGGUUAUGCAAAAAGUGCUUUAUAUAUAUAAACGAAUUAAAAUAUAUUAUCAAUCCAAACUUAUCAAUUGAUAAAAAAGCUAUUGAUUUAGUAAAUACUUUUAACGAAAUCUCUAACCGAUACACAACAAUUUGUAGUAAUGUGUCUCAAUUAAAUGGACUCAUAUUACUAUGUGAAAAUAAUAAAGAAUUUUUAGACAAUUUUAAAAUAGAAAUAAAUAAAUUAGUUGAAAUAAUUCAAGAGGAUGUUGAUUUUUUAAAUACUAUGAAAAAAAAAAAUAAUUUCUUAUCAGAUAAUAAUUUUAUUAUUAAUAAAAUGGGAAAAAAUUUGCUACUGUAUUUAAAGAUAAUAAGAAAUAAAAUUAUACCAGAUGCUGCCGAUGUUUUAAGCAAAACAAAGGAAUUGCUGUAUAAAAAGACAUAA